AUCUCGAUUUCUGCAAAAAGUUGACGGCACGUGCAUUGCCUUAUCGGGUCUUCUAUUGCAUUUUGUGGCAUCAGUUGUUUGUUUUCAUUACUAACGUUCGUUUAAUAAUAAAUAUAGUGUGUUAAUAACGUGAGGUCUUGUUGUUAGUAUUCCGUGGUUCGGUUAAAGAGUUAGAAAGUGAAAUUUUAAUUGAAAUUCACGUUUAAAAAUGGGCAAGAAUAAUAGAAAUAAAAAUAAUAAAUCUGCAAAUAAUAAGCAACAGCAGCCAGCAACUAAUACGCUCGUCGACCACGCACAAGGUGCACAGUCAUCUUCAAAACAGCUAAAACAACAACAACAACAACUGGUGCCCAGUAAACGGCCCUCAUUGACAUUACAAAAACGUAAUGAACUCAGCGCGCUCAUCUCUACAUUACUUGAGAUUGGCUUCAAACAGCCCACGAAUCCCAAAGAAGAAUGGGAUCAGUAUAUAGAAAUACAAACACUGUUGCACCGUGUGCAAAUACUCGAAGCGCCGCUACGUCGCCACACCUGCAAUCCGAAUGCAUCAGCGCGUAUGGCUAACAUUGAAAAUUUCUAUCGUUGGGCAACUGAGAACGGGCUACGCUACGAUGGUGUGCGUAUAGCGCAAUUUGAAGGUUACGAAUUGGGUUUAGAAGCAACGCGUGAUAUCGCUGAGGAAGAGGUACUCUUUAGUAUACCAAGAAAACUGAUACUCUCCGAAGAGAACAUGGACUUGGAGAAUAGUCCCGCACAAUUUGGUUCAAUGACAAAUUUAAAAUUGUCUUAUGCUUUGAUGCUUGAAGCACUAAAACCAAAUAGCUUUUGGAAACCCUACAUCGACUUACUGCCGGAGAAGUACAAUACUGUGCUAUAUUUUACAACCAAAGAAAUGGAAAUGCUACGCGGCUCAAAUGCCCUAUCAUCUGCACUCAAGCAAUGUAAAGCGAUUGCACGCCAAUAUGCAUUUCUCUACAAUUGCACCGUACAAGCGCCGCGUACGGACAAAUUCAAUUCAAUGGGUCAGGCAUUCAAGGAGCAGUUCAACUAUGAGUUGUACCGCUGGGCCGUCUCCACCGUCAUGACACGUGAGAAUAUGAUACCACGUGCCUCGGUAACGAAAAAAGUAGCCACCAACGGCGCUGCUGAUGCUAGUCAACAAACCGAGACCAUUGCCGCCCUCAUACCCUUCUGGGAUAUGGCAAACCAUCGGCAAGGACGUGUCACUUCCUUCUUCAAUUUGGCCACAGACGAAAUGGAAAGCACUGCCCAGUACGAUUUCAAGAAAGGCGAACAAAUUUUUAUAUAUUACGGCGACCGCUGCAAUGCUGAUCUCAUGAUACAUAAUGGUUUUAUCAAUCCCACCAAUCCGAAAGACUAUGUCUGCAUAAAACUCGGCCUCGGCACUUCCGAUCCGCUCUUCGAGCAACGCGCAAAACUGUUGAAUCUGAUGCAGAUCGGCAAAAAUACCGAUUUGAAAUUGCUGCCACCACCUGCUUACAUCUCACCCGAACUGUUGGCGUUCGUUCGUGUUUUCAAUAUGAACGUCGAACAGUUGGAACACUGGAUUACCUCAGAACGUGCCAUGGAUAUUAUGCAUAUUGAUUGUGCGCUAGAAACUACGCUCGAAUCGAAGACUUGGCAAUACUUGCAGACACGUCUAAUGCUCUUGUUGCGCGUCUUUUCCACCACACUGGAGGCGGACGAAGCGCAGUUGGCUGCGUAUAAGAAGGAUGAGCUCUACUUGUGUUAUGUUGAAGCAAUGGUGUUGGAGUAUCGUGUGCUGGAGAAACGUAUAUUGGCGGCGGCGCUUGACUAUGCCAAGCAGCGUGUAAAGGCUUAAUUGAAUUGUGAUGGAUGAAGCGAGUUGAUGACCAAAGGUGAAUGAAAAUGUGAGACAAAUACCAACAAAUUGUGGCCAUUUUUAACGUAUAAUGCUCAGCAAAAAUACUACGUACUAUGUGUAUAUUUUCUAACGGUUUUUUCAGACGUUUUCGAAUAAUAAUUUUUGAAGUAUUUUUCUUUUUUUAGUUUAUAUUAUAUUUGGUAAGCGCUAAUUUCUUUAGUUAACACUAUUUAUUGCAGAACUUUUCAUAACUUGAAUUUAUGAAAUAUCAACUUUCUGUAUUUUGUUGUAUUUUUUUUUGGCAAAUCGUUUGAUGUUUU